CUACCCCAUACCUCACCACACCCAAGCGCCCACCCCGGCCACCCAGCCCGAGGGCAGCUUCGUCAUGGACUCUACGUCCAUCAUGAUGCCCACUUCACCGGGCCAUGUGGUCUCUCUUGCACUCACAAACGGUCACGGAUCACCGUACGCAGCCGGCACGACGGCGACAAACGGUCUGGCCGCGCACAGCAAUAGCGACAUGUCAUAUACCCACGAGGACGCCGUAGCAGAGCCAGCCUCUGACGCCGACGCGCCAGGCGAGGACGACGACGAAGACGUAGUCAUCGCACAGGACUCAGAUUCCUCUGACGAUGUGGAUGCCGAGGGCGAGGCAGACGGCGACUAUGAUUCUGAAUCACCGCCGCCGGAACAGGCGGAGAGUGACGAUGACGCCCGUAGCUCAGUGUCCCAAGAGUCGAGCAGGCCGUCAAAACGGAAGGCCAGCACAGAGGGGGACGACUACAUGACACAGAAUCCCGAGCUGUAUGGCCUGCGUCGCAGCGGUCGCGCCAGGCCUCACCGUCGAGUGGUCGAUAGCAGCGACGAGGAUGAUGGUUCUGGCUCCGACGUGCCUCGUAAGCGACAGCGCACAGCCUCGCGCAAAGUAUCGAAGCAAGCCACACCCGUGUAUCGAUCAGACGACUCUGACUCUGAGUCUGACGGUUAUCAAGGCCCUCGUCGCAGCAUGCCUACGAAGAAGGACCGUCGACGACACCUGCUCGUAGCUCAAGGCACGCUGCCCCCAUCACACGCCGAGGUCCGCUUUUCCUCGCGACGUACCGCACAAGCCACCAACUACAAUGAGGAGGAAGACGAAGACUCUUUCCUAGAAUCGGAGGAUGAGAACACGCCUGCGUACUGGGCCAAUGUGCCUGAGGAGACCGGUCCCAUUAUCGACAAGGUACUAGACCAUCGACCCCUCGAGGGAACAGAGGUCGACCCUUCAUACGCUCAGAAGAAAGACUUCGAGUACUUGAUUAAAUGGCAGGACAAAGCACACUACCACUCCACGUGGGAAGACUACCGAACCGCCGCCACUUAUAAAGGCUUUCGCAAGCUGGAUAACUACUUCAAAGGCCCCGUCAUGGCCGACAUGUACGCUACCUACAAGAGGAAGUCCGAGCCUGAGGAGUAUGAGCAGCACAUGGUCGCCCGUGAGACUGAACGUCAAAGUCAGCUCGACUUCCAAGUCGUAGAGCGCGUCAUCGAUUCUCAAGAUGGUGAAGAUGAGACUGAGUACUUUGUGAAGUGGAAGGGGUUGACAUAUGAAUUCUGCACAUGGGAGCCUGCCUCCCUUGUGAGUAGCCUGUCGCAAACCGAAAUCGAUCGUUUCCUCGAUCGGUCCUCUGAUCGUCCAUCCUCAGACCUAAGCGAAUCGAACAUCAAGACACGGCGGAGAUUUGCGAAGCUGGACGAACAGCCUGACUACAUCAAGUUCGGCCGCCUGAGGCCUUUCCAACUGCAAGGUGUCAACUUUCUUGCGCACAACUGGUGCAGGGGCACCAAUGUGAUCUUGGCUGAUGAGAUGGGUCUGGGCAAGACUGUGCAGACAGUCUCAUUCAUGAAUUGGCUGCGUCAUGAUCGCGGCCAGGAUGGUCCCUUCAUUUGCGUCGUACCCCUCUCGACUAUGCCAGCCUGGGCAGACACUUUCAACAACUGGACUCCUGACAUCAACUAUGUCAUCUACACUGGCAGGGAAGAUGCUCGAAGCAUCAUCCGAGACAAAGAGCUUCUUGUUGAUGGCAAUCCUAAGAGGAUCAAGUUCAACGUCUUGUUGACAACAUACGAAUACGUACUCGCCGAUUGGCAGUUCCUGUCGAGCAUCAAGUGGCAGUUUUUGGCUGUUGACGAGGCUCACAGGCUGAAGAACCGCGAGUCUCAGCUGUAUGAGAAGCUACGAGGCUUUAGUGCACCGAGUCGACUCCUCAUCACAGGUACUCCCAUUCAGAACACGCUGGGAGAAUUAUCUGCGUUGAUGGACUUCCUCAUGCCUGGUAAAAUCCAAGUCGACGAAGAAGUCGACUUGGCGUCAGAGGACGCCAGUCACAAGCUCGCCGAGCUCAGUGAUGCGAUCCAGCCUUACAUGAUUCGCCGUACAAAGGAAAAAGUCGAAAACGACCUGCCACCGAAGUCUGAAAAGAUUCUUCGUGUCGAAUUGUCCGACAUUCAGCUUGAGUACUACAAGAACAUCCUCACACGCAACUACGAGGCUCUUAAUGAGGGCGGUUCCGGCCAGAAGCAGUCUCUAUUGAAUAUCGUCAUGGAGUUGAAGAAGGCCAGUAACCACGCCUUGCUGUUCCCCAACGCCGAGGCCAAGUUCAUCAAGGGCGACGCCACUAAGGAGGAGACCCUGAAGGCUCUUAUCACAACGAGUGGAAAAAUGAUGCUACUGGAUCGACUUCUGACCAAGCUCAAGAAGGACGGUCAUCGUGUUCUGAUCUUCAGUCAGAUGGUCCAUAUGCUGGACAUCUUGACGGAUUACCUCAAGCUUCGAAACUACACCUUCCAGCGUUUGGAUGGGACCGUUCCCGCCAGUGAUAGGAAGAUCGCCAUUGACCAUUUCAACGCUCCUGGCAGUGACGACUACUGUUUCCUCCUGUCGACUCGUGCCGGUGGUCUUGGUAUCAACUUGAUGACUGCUGACACUGUUGUUCUGUUCGAUUCUGACUGGAACCCUCAGGCGGAUCUGCAGGCCAUGGCUCGAGCUCAUCGCAUCGGUCAGCAGAAGCCUGUCAGCGUCUACCGUCUUGUCUCGAAGGACACGAUUGAGGAAGAGAUUCUGGAGCGCGCUCGUAACAAGCGUAUGUUGGAGUUCAUCACCAUUCAGCGUGGUGUCACAGAUCGCCAGCAGAAGGAAAUGAGCGACAAGGUGAAUCGCGCCGUCGCGGAGCCCAACUCUGCUGAUGAUAUCAACAACAUCCUAAAGCGUCGCGGUCAGAAGAUGUUCGAACAAUCAGGUAAUCAGAAGAAGCUUGAAGAACUCGACAUUGACUCCGUUCUCGAGAACGCCGAGGAGCACAAGACCGAGCAAGCCGCAGGUCUGACAUCUGAUGGUGGUGCCGAGUUUCUGAAGAACUUCGAGUAUACCGACGUCAAGAUCGAUCUUGAAUGGGAUGACAUUAUUCCUAAGGAAGAGCUCGAGGUUGUCAAGGCUGAGAUUCAGCAGCGCAAGGACGAUGAGCAGACUCAGAAGCUUCUCGAUGAAAGCGCUCCACGCAAGCGCAAGGCGAGUGCUGCGAGCGCACGUGAGCAACGCGCCGCCAAAAAGCGCGCCAUGGAAGCCUCCCGAGAUGUCGACGUUGACGAUGAUGAGCCAUCAGAGGACGAAAAUGUCAAGCGUGACCCGAAGCGUCCUCUCAAUACCAAAGAGACACGAAACUUGGUCCGGGCUUAUGAACGAUACGGGUCGUUGGAGGAGCGCGCCGAAGAGAUGCUCAAGGCUGCAAAGCUUGUUGGUCGUGAUUCGGAUGUCGUCAAGAACACCCUUGACACGAUUAUCACUACUAGUCAGGACCUCGUCAAACAGGAGCAGGCAAGGCUUAAGAAGCUGGAGAUCGACGAGAACCGCGCCAUCACAAAGAAAGACAAGAAGGCUGUGCUCUUCGAUUUCAAUGGCGUAAAGAAGCUGAAUGCUGAGACCAUCAUUGAUCGCCCGAUCGAAAUGCGCAUCCUCAAAGAAGCAAUACAGGGCGUGCAGGAUUGGCACAACUUCCGCAUUGCGGACGCUAUCAAGCCCGCGAGCUACUCCUGCCCUUGGGGCGCUCGGGAGGAUGGCAUGCUCAGUGUAGGUAUCUCUCGCCAUGGUUACGGUGCCUGGGUGCAGAUUCGCGAUGAUUCCGAACUUGGAUUGGCCGGCAAGUUCUUCUUGGAAGAGCACCGUGUCGACAAGAAAGAGGAACGUACUAAGGGAGAAGAGAAGAACGCCAAGUCCCCUGGUGCAGUGCACUUGGUGCGCCGUGCUAACUAUCUCCUUACUGUCCUCAAGGACAAGACCGGUGCGGAUCCCAAUGCGAAGCGCCUCAUGGAGAAUCACCAUCGCAACAACAAGAAGCACCACCUCAAUGCUGCUCGCCGAACCGACAAAGCGUCGAGUGUAUCUGCCAGCCCUGCACCUCCAGGGCAUGCCAGGAAAGUUGUGUCGCGUGAUAUCGCACGUCCUAUCCAGCGCACGCACAGCAACAGCGAGAGCCGACGCCCAGAAGUCCGAUCGGAGCAUCGAGAGCGCGACAAGCCUAGGCAUAGUGAUCAGUACAGGCCUUCAGAGGGACACCGCCGCGAUGACCGGGGCAGCGCCGACAGACGGUCGGAACUCCCUGAACGCACAGAGACCCCCGACUUCAGAAGAAAGACCAGUGGCGAUCUGGAACGACAUCGUUCGAGGGACGAUCGACCGCGCCUCUCGGAAGAGCGAGCACGUGCGAUUAGCCAGAGCCAAAAUCCCAACCGCACUGUUGACUUGACUCCCAAGGCAAGCAAUCAGAAGAAGCCGGAGGAUUUCGUCGAGCGUAAGAUGCGACCAGUGCGCGACAAUCUUAGCCGCCUCAAGAAGGCUACGGCGAAGAAUUACCCGCAGAAGGAGAUUAUGAUCAAGGUUCUAAAGACCGAGUUGAUUGCCAUUGGCAACUUUGUUCGGGCAGAGACACGUGACAAUGCAGAGCUAGAGGAGCGUCUGUGGAAUUACACAGUCAACAACCACUGGCCACGAACCGGCGUUACAGUCCCACAGGUCAAGGGCAUGUACAGCAAGAUGCGCAGCUCCGAAAUGAACGGCAAGCAGUCCUCUGCAACUCCGCAGCAAAGCAACGGACAGAAGACGGAAUCGCAACAUACUUGAAGAGAAGGCACGCUUCGGCGUUUAACUUAAGACCAUAUCUACACGGCGUUUUCGAUUGUAUGGUGCCUACAAUCUUGUUUCUUUGGGCAUAGCGUAGGUGUUCGGUUGUUGGAUUACUCGAGAUAUCUUUCUCGUGCAACAUCCUACUUUGAUUUUACUGCAUGAGCCGCUACACGCGAGCUCACUAUGGUGUUUACAUGGGUUCAGCAGAGGCGCAUCACACGGAACAAAACAUGGCGGGUGGUUGCAUGAGCAUUUACGACAUUCGGCAUGGACACGUGCAUCAUUCUUACACUGCAUGAGAGAGGCACGACUGUCAAACAGCGCCGAUAUUCGUUCGCUAGAUUUUGAAUUUACACCCAGUGGUGUCAUAGCUGACUAGAAACAAUCUACAGUCACAAACAUAAAUCAC